AAAACUAAAUAGUAUUCAUUCAUUCAUCAUAUAUUUCCAAGUGAAAUACCCAAAGAGAUAAGCAAUCUCGUGGAGUUGGAGUUCCUUGGUCUUGGGGAUAAUAGUUUUAGUGAUUCACUUGCAAUGGAAAUCUUCAACAUAUCAAGCCUGAUAGGGGUUUCUCUUACAGGCAACAAUCUUGUUGGGUCUAUACCUCAUUCAAUCUCCAAUUGUUCAAAACUUACUCAUUUAGACCUUUCACACAACAAACUCAGUGGUUUGAUUCCCAACUCCCUUGGAUAUCUUACUCAUCUACAGUACCUUAACUUUGCCUUUGAACAAUUUAAGGAGUGACUCAUCGCUAAGCUUCUUGACUUCUUUAACAAACUGUAGAGACUUAAACUUACUUAGUGUAUCUAUCAACUCUCUAAAUUGUAUGCUUCCAGUCUCUCUAGGGAACUUCUCCACAUCUCUUUUAAAUUUUAUUGCCCAUGGUUGCAAAAUCAACGGACGGAUUCCAAAUGAAGUUAGGAACUUAAGCAGCUUAUUAAUCCUUGAUAUUUCUGGAAACAACUUAGUUGGAUCGAUCCCCACAUCAAUUGGCAACAUGAGAAACCUUCAGGAUCUUGACUGGACUAAUAACAAACUUACAGUUGUAGCUAAUGUAUGUAAAUUGCAGCAUUUGGGUGCUAUUUACUUGGGUCAUGAUCAACUUUCAGGAUCUCUUCCUAAUUGUUUAGGGAACGCUACUUCCCUUAGAGAGAUACAUCUGGGUUCUAAUAAAUUGAGUUCCAAUAUGCCAACAAGCUUAUGGAAUCUUAAAGAUCUAUUGGUUCUUGACUUAUCGUCAAAUAGCAUGGGUGGUUCUUUACCGCCCGAAAUUGGAAAUCUAAAGGUUGUGACACAAAUGAAUCUGUUAUUGAAUCAAUUUUCAAAUGAAAUUCCCGGAGAAAUUGGAGGAUUACAAAAUUUGGAGAAACUUUCUUUGAGACACAACAAGUUGCAAGGAUCUAUACCUGGCUCAAUGAGCAACGUGGUAGGUUUGGAAUUCCUAGACCUUUCUCAUAAUAAUAUAUCGGGAAUCAUUUUCAAAUUUUUGGAUAAACUUCAAACCCUCAAGUACUUCAAUGUUUCUGUCAACAAAUUGUAUGGUGAAAUACCCUCGGUGGGUCCUUUCAAGAACCUUUCGAGUUAGUUUUUCAUCUACAAUGAAGCAUUGUGUGGUCCUUCAAGAUUUAGUGUCCUGCCAUGCCCCACUUCAUCAAAGCACAAAUCAAAUAGGAAAAAAUUGCUACUUCGAUUUCUUUUACUAGGAAUUGCAUUUGUAUUUUUUUCCUAUCACCUUUGUGUCUGUAUGGAUAAGGUAUAGAAGAGGUACAAGAGCUCCUCAAAGAGCUGAUUCAUUGUCUAUCGCAACAAGAGGAAGAAUUUUAUACUAUGAGCUGCUCGAAGCAACUGAUGCACUUAGCGAGAGUAAUUUGAUUAGUUCUGGAAGUUUUGGCUCUGUCUACAAAGGCAUUCUUGGAAGUGGGACUCCUAUUGCCGUUAAAGUAUUCAAUCUGCAACUGGAAGCGGCAUUCAAGAGUUUUGAUACAGAAUGUGAAGUUUUACGCAGCCUUCGCCAUAAGAAUCUCAUAAAAGUCAUCACUAGUUGUUCCAACCUUGAUUUUAAGGCUUUAGUGCUCGAAUAUAUGCCUAAUGAGAGUCUUGAGAAGUGUUUGUAUUCGCACAAUUACUUCUUAGACAUCAUGCAGAGACUAAGCAUAAUGAUAGAUGCGGCAUGUGCGUUG